AUGGCCGGUCCCGUUGUUGACGACGAUGCCGACUACACUGAUACUGACUCUGAAAUCUCGACCGAUUCCGAGUUCGACCCGGAGGAGGAGUCCCUCGCCGACCGCCUCUAUGCCCUGCGCGACAUGGUGCCCCCAACGACACGCGGCUGGAUCUCAUCCAAGGUGAACUCGGUCGUCGGCUUCGGCUCCAGCAGCCUCUGGUUCACGGGCAAGGCUCUCUGGGCCAUUUCUUCCACCGCCCUCCUCCUCGGCGUUCCCUUUGCCAUUUGCGUCACCGAGGAGCAGCAGGUCAUGGCCAUGGAGCAAGAGUUCAAGAUGCGCGAAGUCGGCAGCGAGGUCCUCACCGCUGGCGGCCCCGACCAGUCCACCACCGCCGAUCGCGUCGGCGCUGCUCUCGGCUCUGAUGGCAAGAUUGCCCUCUAG